UGUCGCCCGGCGGCGCGGGGCCGAGAGCGGCGGGGCGGUUUUCGCUGGCGGGCGGCGAGCGCUGUGUGGGAGCGAGGAGCGCCUGCUUUUGUGGGGCGCCGGCAGUGAUGGCACUGGCUGGGCAGGAGGACUACGUCUACGUUUACAACGAUUUUUCUCACCCGGGGGGUAUGCUGGAGGCGUUCCGAACGUUUUACCUGGACGGCUUGUUUACCGACAUUACUCUUCAGUGCGCUUCUGGGGUCAUCUUCCACUGUCACCGAGCUGUGUUAGCAGCCUGUAGCAAUUAUUUUAAAGCGAUGUUCACGGCCGACAUGAAAGAGAAGUCUAAAAAGCAGAUCAGACUCCCCGGGCUCAGCCACAUCAUACUGGAAGCGCUGGUGAAUUAUGCCUACACAGCACAGAUCCACAUAACAAAGAGAAACGUUCAGAGCCUGCUGCAGGCUGCGGACCUCCUCCAGUUCGUGUCGGUGAAGACAGCCUGCGAGCAGUUCCUGCUUAGGCACCUAGACACAGACAACUGCAUAGGGAUGCACUCCUUCGCCGAAUACCACCAUUGCUCCGAGCUGGAGAAGGAGGCACGGCGGCUGUUGCUGUGGCAGUUUGAGGAUGUGUGGAGGCAGGAAGAAUUUCUGGACAUCAGCAAGGAGAAGCUCUUCUUUAUUCUUUCCAGAGAGAACCUCAAUGUUUGGCAAGAGAAGACAGCCAUCGAAGCUGUCGUUAAGUGGGUUGCACACAACGUAGAAGAGAGAAUUGAAUACAUCUAUGAGCUACUUAGCUGUGUCAAAAUUGACUUAGAUAGCAUGUACUUAAGGUCAGCUUUAAGCCUGCAAAAAAAGUGUCGACUAAAUGAUAAUAAGAUCAGGUCACUCGUAUACAAUGCACUAAAUCCAAACCCCAAAGGCAUUUCCAAAAGACCAACGGCAGCCAUGUAUGUGAUUGGAGGCUAUUACUGGCAUCCCUUAUCAGAAGUGCAUGUUUGGGAUCCUUUAACCAAUGCCUGGGUCCAGGGAACGGACAUGCCAGAUCACACCAGAGAGAGCUACGGGGUCACUAACUUGGGCCCCAACAUUUAUGUGACAGGAGGUUAUAGAACUGAGAGCAUCGAAGCCCUCGACACCGUGUGGAUUUAUAACAGCGAACGAGACGAGUGGACAGAAGGCUGCCCCAUGCUUGAUGCAAGAUACUAUCACUGUGCAGUUUCUUUGGGUGGAUGCAUCUAUGCAUUGGGUGGCUACAGAAAGGGAGCUCCGGUGCAAGAAGCCGAGUUCUACGAUCCUUUAAAAAAGAAAUGGGUUCCUAUUGCAAACAUGAUCAAAGGAGUUGGAAACGCCACCGCCUGUGUCCUGCAUGAAAUCAUCUAUGUAACCGGAGGUCACUACGGGUACAGAGGAAGCUGCACCUAUGAUAAAAUCCAGAGAUACCAUUCAGGUAGCAAUGAGUGGAGUAUAGUUGCCACAAGUCCGCAUCCAGAAUAUGGAUUGUGUUCAAUUACAUUACAAAACAAGAUCUAUUUCGUGGGUGGACAGACCACAAUCACAGACUGCUAUGACCCAGAGCAGAACGAAUGGAAGCAGAUGGCUCACAUGAUGGAGAGAAGGAUGGAGUGUGGCGCAGUGGUUUUGAAUGGAUGCAUCUAUGUAACAGGAGGAUAUUCCUAUUCAAAAGGGACAUACCUACAGAGUACUGAGAAAUAUAACCCUGAACUUAAUAAAUGGGAAGCAGUAGGUAAUCUCCCCAGUCCUAUGCGUUCACAUGGCUGUGUCUGUGUGUAUAAUGUCUAAACAGAAUUAAUUUUUAUAUUGCUGUCACAAAAAACAGGAGAUACAGUAUUCAUAGUAGUACCAAUUACCUCAUCAGUGAGAUGUCUAACAGAAUCCCUUAGGUCAUAUUCAUUAAAGGUUAUGUAUAACUUGUCUUUAUUUUAAAUGAUUUAUAGAUAAUUCACAGAUUCAUAUUCGUAUCGAUGCAAUGAUUCCUAGGUUCAUGGAUUCAAAGAUAAAUUCAGUAACAAUAUUUCCAUAUAUUUUCAGCCCAAACUUUCUCUGUCAUAAAAGUUUUUGAAUGAUUCUCUUGCAAUGCUUGGUGUAGCUAUAUAGGAACGACUGUGGAAACUGGAAUUUGUUUUCAUUAAUACAUGAGUGGAACUAUAGUUUGGUGCUAAGGUGAGUAAAACGAAACAAAAUACACCGCAUUUCUGUAGGCUAGUGAGCUUAAGAUGAAAUCUCUAAUACUCAGACGAUAGCUAUGGAAAUUGGUCAUUGUCACAAGAUAAGCAUGUGGUACGUAUACAGCAAUAUCACUUUGAGGACUGGGUUACCACAUCUGAAAAUAUUGGACAGUUAUCCUCUAUAUUUAGUUAUUCCUCAAAAUCUGUGUUAAAAUGCUGAAAUGAGAAGAGUACGUGGCAGAAGAAAUGACACAUGGUAGCCCAGCAGCACAAAGAGAAAGCAUGCGUUAGUUUUCCAAAGGCAGAGCAACGUUCUGCAGUAUGAGACCAUUUGAGAAAUGUCAUUCUCAUACUGAAAGAGCCUUUGAGGAAUGAAAAAGAAGUCUUCCCAUUGCUUUGCACUGGGCUCUUGGCUGAUUCACAGGUAUUGUUGACUCUUUUCCUGGAAAAGCCUUUCUUUGAUAGCAAUUUUUGCAGUCAUACUUAAGACGUGUCUUCAUGUAGUGGAAGAAGCAAAGGAGACAGACUGGAGUAUUCCCCAAAUCUUUCCUGAGAUACAAACAUCUGUGUUUAUUUUAUUUAAUACUAUUCUCCCCCCCACACACACACACAAAGUGCUAAAUUGUGACUUGGAACAAAGGCAGCAACUGAAGAAACUUGUCAGAACAUUAUGCGUGUAGCAAUUUAACGCUAAUUGGUCCACUGGAGUUAGCGUUUCUUUCAAAACAUGGUAUGAGAGCUUCAAAUUCUGUCUAGAGAACAACUUGAUGUAGGCAGAAAGAUCAUCAUUUUGUCAGCUCUUUACAUGUAGCAUGCCAGUGUCAGUGCUGGCAGAAAGCAGAAUCCAUGUGUCAUGUUCAAAUACAGAGUAUUUGCCUCUGCCAACACCAGUCUUUCUACCAGCCUGUCUUGCAUACUGUCAUGUGCCAGGUAGUAGCACACAUGCAUUUGGUUGACUAUGAAUCAUUAUUUCUUAGGAUUUGUUGCAUCCUCAUACCUUGUAUAGAUACUGUAAUAUGUGGCUUGUUAUUAUUAGCCUGGUUCCCUAUGCAGUAAGAUCCAGCUGUGUUGUCUUUCUGUGCACGUGUCAGCUCCCCUCUAAGUUUUGAAUUUCAUCUGUUUGCAGCAGUGUUUCAGAGAGGUGUAGAUCUUAAGAAAUUUUUCAGGUUUUAUGGAAACUGGUAGCAGGAUAGAGAGGAGAGGGAGACUGAAAUUAGUGUCGUGUGAACAUCAAGCAGAGCUGGGAUUGCUGCAGUGCUGCAGAGAGGAAAGAAGGAUAAGGUAGAAAAUAUAUCUGUAGGCUGUACGUGUUCCCUGCCUUGUGGAGUGACUGCUGAGAUGUCAUGAGGAUGGGUUUAUACAGCCAUGUAAAUGAAGACACUGUUAUGUCACACAGUUACCUGCUCUAUGAAGAUGUAGUUUCAGCCUGUAAAAACAAAGAAACUUAAUUCCUUAAUUGCAAGAAUGUUCCUCCCUGCUCCUGUAGAUCUAGUAUCCUACGGUGGGAAGCACCUGCUGAUUAGUUCCCUGUGGAGCUGUCAGAGACCUAGCGCUGUAGUUCAGAGAAAUACUUGCCCGAACAGGCAAAUGGGUUGCAUGGAAUCUAAAAAAUACCCAAAUCUUCCUGGUUACUUAGGAGGUAGCUUUGGGGAGCAGGUUAAGUACCUAUUGCCCCCUUCUCUUGAUCCUGCUGCUGUACUGGGACAGAACAGCUGUUUGGGAGGCCACACUCAGAACAGUGUCGCAGAAGUCAUCCAAAUAAAGAAGUAACAUGUGGGAGCAGAGAGGCUGUUUUAACCCAGAUCAGUUCCACCAUCCAGCUUGUAAAAUGACACCAGAAAUAGCUGUCAGACAUUGGUAUGAGAGAGAGGGAGGGCCAACACAGGGCUGGGAUAGGGAGCUGUGGAAACUUUUUACACCAGCACUGCCACUAAAAAUGAAAAAUUUUACCUUAUUGGAUUUGUCAGGUAUGUUUUAGGAGCUUUCCAAGCUGGUAAGCCCCAAGCUUAUAGUAUUUCUUUCACUUAAUUGUAAACAUUUUUAUUAUCUUUGUUCUUUCACAUUUUAUACUGUUUCUCACUUGCAUUUGACUUCUGGAAUGAGGUUGCACUCAACUCUGCAUGUUGAUGUGAAAUUCUAUGGUGUGUAUAUAUAGUUCUUGUUUUAAUGUCUUUGUGCCUCACCUUAAUGUGUCAGAAGCUCAAGUGUGCAUGGGUUCAGAGUUUUGCUUAGUUAACAGGUCCACUGAGAGCUAUGUAAGGAUCAAAGGGAAUUUGUUUAAAGACUCUAAUAUGUAGAGAGGUUGGAGGAGCUGAACUUGAGGCUGCUUGAAAUGUGUGGGCCAGGCAGCUAGCAAAAAAAAAAAAAAAAAAAAAAAAAAGUUGGUGCUCUCCACAGCAGAGAGUUUCUAGUAUCCAAUGGAGAAGUAAAAGGCUACAUUGCAAUACCAUGAAGCUAAUCUAUGUAUUGAACAUAUCUGCAGUGAACUCAAAGGACAUGCUUCAUUCUUCAGUGCAAAAAUGUAUCGAUGCAGCAGCUUCAUGUUUAAAGAAAACAUAGGACCAUGGGAACAGCUGCUGUUGGCUUGACCUAAGGCUUGUUUAGCCCAGUGUCCUGUCUCUGGCUGUAGUAGGUAGGUAGAAGAAUAAAAGAACAAGGCAAGCACUGUCGUAACCUCCCGGCUUCUGCUCAUCUGUUGUCAGAGACUUUCUAGAUUUAGAUAUGUAUCUGAUUAAAGACAGCAGCAGCGUUUUGGGCUGAGCAGAGGCCUGGGAGAGCAGAGUUCGGUUUCUUGCUCUAGUCACUGUGUUGGCAAGUGCUUUGCUUUUCCCAGCAUCAACCGUCCUGUGAAGCAAAAAAAAGCCUUUAAUUCUCAGAUGCUGGGAGGAUGUGUGCUGAUCAUGCAUAUACUGAAGUCAGUCAGAAUUCUGUCUAUGGCUUCAGUAGAAAUCAAGUUUUUUUAAGAAAUUUUUGAAUGCUUUAGAAUGAAUGGGAUGUAAAAGUUCAGAGAGUUACUGUUACACUUUAACUGGUGCUACUUUUUACAAUAACAUAUAAUGUCCUUUUAAAUCAAUGCAUGUUUUUAACACAUCACAAGCAGGUGUGUAGCAAUCAGACUGUUGAGCACGGCCAAUAAUAUGAAUUUGAUGAAAUGAAUUGAGUGUUUAGGCUCCCAUUAAAUAACUUGUGCAUCCUACUUCAGGUAGAAUGUUCAGGAUAUUUUUUAGCCAUUCACGUGAUACAUGUUUAAUAUUAAGAGUUGUGUGUGAAUACUAAAUUGUGUGGCAAUUGAGUGCUAUUGUAUCUGUUUUAUGGUAGGAGUUGUUUUACCAUUUCAUUUGUGAACUAGAAAAAGACUGAACUAAUGUAGAAGUUAAAGCAAUUGUUAAGGCAGUACUACUAUUUAAUAAUUUAUUAAAAUAAAAUUAUAAUUUUAUUCAUGAUACCCAGUUUAUAGUACUAUGAUGUCUAAAACACUUUAGUAAAUAUAAAUGUAUUUAAAUAAAUGUUUGCGCUGUUUAAUAAAUGUAAAUAUGACCUAAACUAGCAUCCAUGUACAAAUGUUAACUCUUAAACGCCUCUUUUUCUGCUGAGCUGAAAGAGCAGUGCAGACGCCCGCGCCGCCCGGCGGGUGCGGCGUGGCGGCGGCGAUCUCCCCUCUCCGCGCGCGCGAGGCCCGGGCAGACGCGGCUCCUCCCGGGGGGCUCUCGGCACUCGGGAUCUUCC